AGGUUUUAGCAGCAGCAGCAGCAGCAAUGCCCAAUAAUUCUCCCCAAACAAGCCUUUGUGUUUAUCCCACCGGAGGAGGAAAACAAACCUAGUUACAGCCGCUGAGAGGAGCAGAGGGGAGAACAAUUCAUCUGGUAAGCUUUUGUUUAUCCAUCUAUCGCAUCUCAGGUAUUACUGUAGCUUCAGUCCUCUUACUGCUCGGUCGGCUUGACCUGCAGGGUGUACAGUGUGGGAGGAUGCUGGAACGAGAAAAAGCUUGGCAUGUUUUUCUGUGUAUGUUUGAUCUUUGAUGACUCAGAGAUCUUAGAGGAUAAAAACCCAUUGAUUUGGAUGUUACCAUUGCUUAAAUCAGUAGGUUGGGGGGGCUGGGGGGGGGGGGGGUGCAGUCACUCAUACCAGCUCCUGUCUUUCUCUUGCAGAAUGUAUAUUACCACUAAAACUGGCAAAUUUUAAAAAGCUUUUCAUGCGUUAUUUAUUUUCCCUACUCCAUAGUCUUCUUCUACACUAAUUAUUUUCUCUUCGGUCUCCCCCUCCAUGCCCCCUGUGCUCUCUCACUUGCCUGCACUAAUCCUUUUGUUGUGGACUGAGGGGCCCAGGCUUUGGCUGACCGAUCGGCACUGUAGGGCUGGUUCAGCUGAAAGGUGUCCACCGAGUAUUUCUGUCCUCCACCGGAUCGUGCGGGCCUAUUAUUAACGCCUCUUCUCAAAGUCAGUCCUGUGAGCUUCCUUGGUAGGAACAUGCACUUCAGGAGCAGUGCUUUGCUGCUGCUUCUUUGUCUUCUGGAGGUACGAGGGCAGAAAUACCUGCAGGAUACUCUCAGGGCCUUGGAUCUGCCCCUGGGUGUCAACGAAGAGCCACAGCUCCAGAAGAACCACAUCGGAAUCCUGAUCACGAAGCUCCUCCAGGAGGUGCACUGUGCUGAGCGGAUUGGCUCCUCUCAGGAUGUCUGUGGCAAGUGCCUGACACCAGAAGCGGCGCUAUCUGUGCUAGAGGAUGAUGGGGUGGCUUACCUCACUGAAGGAGACUACCAGCGGAUCUCCACCGUCCUUCUAUACUAUAUAAUAAACUUGCAAGACCUGUGUUUGUCAAAUACUGCCUCCCUUUCAUCAUCCUCUUCCUCAUUUGGGAACUUUCAAUUCUAUAUUUUGGCUCUCACCAAUCUACACCCGGAUGAGGACAGUCGCUUCCUAUCGUCCAGAGAAACAGCAAGUAUUCUGCAGCUCAUCAACCAGCACUAUGCACCCUCCCAUCAAGACCACUCAUCUGAUUUGCAAUGCAUUGAUGCGACUGGCCUCUUUGAAGAUGUUGACGUACAUGAAGAUGCUGAAGUGUCUUCUGUACCCAAACUGGCUGCAGCCAUCAUCAGCCACGUCCUGCAGGGCCACUGCUUCAGACAUUGGAACCUCCCGUCUCCAGCUUUCUUUACAGACUUCAUCUUUCAAUCCCUAAAUCGCACAAGUAAUAUGCAGAUUAUAGAUUUAGAGGAGUUGCUUCAUCAGCUCGGAGUUGGACAGGAAGCAGGGACGCACUCUCACAACAGGAAGAGGCGGACCUCACAGAAAGAGGACGGCUGCAACCAUGAAACUGGAGAAAUAAGCAAAGACUGGGCACAGGUAUGUUUUUCCGCCAAUCAGCUGGUGGAUAUCUUUGCUCUGGAUCCUCAUUUGCCAAUUUCCAAGGAGCACUUCAGGCAAGUGUGCCCAGCCAUUAUUCAGCAGUUGCUAGGCAAUGCCUGCAAGUCUGCCGAGCAAACAAGGAAAGGAUCUCCUCCCACUGCUCUCGAGAAGUACGGCUACAGCACGGCUGCCGUCCUGCUCAUCACCGUGGGCUCCAUGUUGGGUAUCUGCCUGAUCUUGUUCAACUCCUGCCAGGAGACAUACAACCUCAUCCUGCAGCUCUUCGUGGGGCUCGCAGUGGGGACCCUCUCAGGAGACGCACUCCUGCACCUCAUACCACAGAUCCUUGGCCUCCAUGAUGACACUCACAGCCAUGAAAACUAUGCAGAAGGGAAGGACUAUCUGUGGAGGAUUCUGGGAAUUAUCUCUGGGAUUUAUGGCUUUUUCCUCAUUGAAAGAAUCUUUUCCUUUUUGGUUCCUUCUCAUGGCCAUGGUCAUAGUGACCUUCCCUUAGAGCUCAACUGUAAUGGCAAAUCCCAGAGGGGCAAAUCCAUCUCCACCAUACAGCUGGGGCCGGUGGAUGACUUGGAGUGUACAGAAGUAUCCCCCGAACACGUCAACACAAGGAGCCCUUCACAUCAGAGACAGGGAGUUCCUCUGCUGGCCGUGAUGAUAAUCGUGGGAGACAGCCUUCAUAACUUUGCAGAUGGCCUUGUUGUUGGGGCGGCCUUCUCCUCUUCAGCCGAGACCGGCAUGGCGACCACCGUGGCCAUCCUGUGCCACGAGAUCCCGCACGAGAUGGGGGACUUUGCAGUGUUGUUGAGCUCCGGACUCUCGGUGAAGACUGCUAUGCUCAUGAACUUUCUCAGCGCUCUGACGGCCUUCAUGGGCCUCUACAUCGGACUGUUUGUUUCCUCCGAUUUUGAAGUGCAGCAGUGGAUCUUCGCUGUAACUGCUGGGAUUUUCCUCUAUUUGUCACUGGUUGAAAUGCUUCCAGAGAUGAAUCGGGUGAAGACGGACAGACCGUGCCUCCUGUUUCUGCUUCAGAACCUCGGUCUGCUGAUGGGGUGGGCCUGCCUUCUGCUCCUCUCUCUGUUUGAACACAAACUCAAAUUCUAAAAGCAGUGUACAGGAGUCGCCAUGUAUAUCUCUUCACACAGGGUCGAGCCAAAACAAAUGCUGACUUACGUUCUAGUGUUUUUGGAAAUGUAUUCAAGUCAAGUCAAGUGAGUAUUUCAGGAUAUUUUAGUCGCAGCACUGGAUGGUAAAUGUUAGCUGUAUGAAUUCUCUCUUUUUUUUAUACUUGAUGAUUUAUUUUUGUAUGUUACAGACGGUAAAUAGUGAAAACUCUAAUUAUGACCUUAUUUGUCAAAUUCAGGUACAAAUGUGCAUAUCUGUUGUUCUGUGAAAUAUCUAUAAUGCCUCACACAAUCAAAUCAUUUGAUUAAACACAUGCAAGAUACAAA